GAGUCUGGGGCGGGGCGAGCUUCCCGCGCGGCUCUUCGGAACCGAGCCCGGAAGGACGGUACUGUACGCGCCUUUGUUACUCUCCAUGAGCCCCGUCGUGGGACCGGCGGCCUUGCGCGGAGGUGUCGGCUGGAGCUGCGCCCUUCCCGGGGCCUUCGCAUACGCGCGCUGCCCUCGGACGCCCCGGCCGCGGUACCCUGAGCUGUGCGCGUUUGUACCCGGGGGAGACGGGCUGGGAGCGCGACAGUCGUCCCGCGGGCAUCGUGCCUAGUGGAGCUUUGGGGUUCCGGCUGAGCCCGCAGGGCCUGCCCGCUUUGCCCGCUUCUCACCACCCGGUUCUGCUCACGGGAUCCCAUGGAGGCUGCGGCGCGGACCGACGGGGCUCAGGGCUGUGUGACCUUUGAGGAUGUGUUCGUGUACUUCUCGCGGGAGGAGUGGGAGCUCCUUGAGGAGGCUCAGAGACUCCUGUACCGUGAUGUGAUGCUGGAGAAUUUUGCACUGGUGGCCUCAUUGGAUGGUUGGCGUGAAGCAGACAACGGGGAGACGCCUGAGCAGAACGUUUUUGUCGGCGUGUCGCAGCUCAGGACUCCCGAGUCAGGUCUGUUCAUCCAGAAAGCCCACCCGUGUGAGGUGUGUGAUCCACUCUUAAGAGACAUUUUGAACUUGGUGGAACGCCAGGGAUCACCCCCCUUGCAGAAGCCGUACACACGUGGCCCGUGUGGGAGAGGAUUCUUACUCAGUGAGGACUUUUACCGGCACCAGAAGCGAUGCAGUGGAGAGGAUCUCUUCGGAGGGGACGCUGAUGGGGCCUCAUACGUGAAGAGCUAUGCAGUCCACGUGCCAGGGAAACCCUGUACUUGCAGGGAGGAGGGGAUGGACUUUCUGGGCAGCUCUGGCCUCUUCCAGUGCCCUACCACCAGCAAUGGGAUGAUUCCGUACAAAAGGACUGAGUGCAUGGAAUCUUUCCCAGCCGGCUCCGGUGUCGGCCGGCAGCAGACAGACCAUGAUGGACUGGUGCUCUUCAGUUGCACCGACAGCAAGAAAGCCUUCCUGAACACCUUUACUCUCCUCGGCAGCCAGGUAAGUCAGACUGAAGUAAGACCCUUUCGAUGCCCGCCAUGUGGAAAUAUGUCCAAGGAGAAAUCAGCUCUUAUCAGUCACAGAAAAAUUCACAGCGGAGAAGCAUCGCAUGUGUGUAAAGAGUGUGGAAAGGCCUUCAUUCACCUGUCUCACCUAAAAAUGCACCAGAAAUUUCACACUGGAAAAAGACAUUACACAUGCAGUGAAUGCGGGAAGGCCUUCAGCCGCAAAGACACACUUGUUCAGCACCAGAGAGUCCACACUGGAGAAAGGUCUUACGACUGCAGUGAGUGUGGAAAAGCCUAUAGCAGAAGCUCCCACCUUGUUCAGCACCAGAGAAUUCACACCGGAGAAAGACCUUACAAGUGCAGUGAGUGUGGAAAGGCCUUCAGCCGGAAAGACACACUUGUGCAACACCAGAGGUUUCACACUGGAGAGAGGCCUUACGAGUGCAGUGAGUGUGGGAAGUUCUUUAGCCAAAGCUCCCACCUUAUCGAGCACUGGAGAAUUCACACUGGGGCAAGGCCUUAUGAAUGCAUUGAAUGUGGAAAGUUUUUUAGCCAUAACUCAAGCCUCAUCAAACAUCGGAGAGUCCACACGGGAGCAAGGUCUUACGUGUGCAGCAAAUGUGGGAAAGCUUUCAGCUGCAAAGACACGCUUGUUCAGCACCAGAUAAUUCACACUGGAGCCAGGCCUUAUGAGUGCAGCGAGUGUGGGAAAGCCUUUAGCCGUAAAGACACACUUGUGCAGCACCAGAAAAUCCACACCGGAGAAAGGCCUUAUGAGUGCGGUGAAUGUGGGAAAUUUUUUAGCCAUAGCUCCAACCUUAUUGUACACCAGAGAAUCCACACUGGAGCGAAGCCUUAUGAGUGCACAGAAUGUGGAAAAUGCUUCAGCCACAAUUCCAGCCUCAUUCUACACCAGAGGGUUCACACCGGCGCAAGGCCUUACGUGUGCAGCGAAUGUGGAAAAGCCUACAUCAGCAGCUCCCACCUUGUUCAGCACAAGAAAGUUCACACUGGAGCCAGACCUUACGAGUGCAGCGAAUGUGGGAAAUUCUUCAGCCGAAACUCUAGCCUCAUUCUCCACCAGAGGGUUCACACUGGAGAAAAGCCUUACGUGUGCAGCGAAUGCGGGAAAGCCUACAGCAGAAGUUCCCAUCUUGUCCGGCACCAGAGGGUUCACACUGGAGAAAAGCCUCACGAAUGCAACAGUUUCGGUGCUCCUUCAGCUACACCUCUUAAACUUGUUUAGCAUGAGAAAGUUCACACUGGAGAAAGGCGUUAUGAAUGCAGAAGAUGUGCUGUCUCCUUGUUCGACCUAAUAGGACUCACA